AUGCGAUUCCUCUAUACCAUCAUCGCCGCUGUUUCGCUGUUUGUCGCUGGGACUGCUGCUGCCAACACGCAGUUCUGCACGCAGGACCAAAAGCAACUCGCGAACAAGCUGCACGAACAGAACGAGGACCCGGCCAAGUCGUGCUAUCGAACUGCCAACGGCGACAUCACGACCCUCACUACGACUCGCCUGUGUCCGCUGCCAGAGUGCGUGGCUUGGCUCGAGUAUAUGGCGGCAAACGCCCCGGACUGCUACUACGACAGCACCAACUACGCGACGGCGUACGCUGCCAAGAGUGCGGCCUGCACCGGCGGGUCGAGUGAAAGCGCCAGCGGAAGCUCAAGUGGAAGUCUAUCGUUGAGCUUGAGCUCUAGUGGGAGUGAAACCUCAGCAGAUUUACUCAACAAGACCAGCAGCGGUAGUCUUGAAACUAUGAGUGAAGAUCGAGACCUCAACACGACGGACUCACGCAAUGGCUCCAGUGACAGCUCUACAGUCGGAAGCAUGGCAAGCGUUGGCGGGAACGUUGGUUCCUCGUCCAGCGAUCUUGAGAUUGAUACAACAGCAGCCCCGACGCCCACCCCGACCGAAGACCUGACAAUUGAAGACUCGCCCAGCGCUGGAGCCAGUGACUCUUCCAACAGCUCAACACCCACCCCGACGACGAAUGCCGCCGCCUCGUUGGAUUCAAUUCAUUCGCUUGUCGCGGUGCUCUUUAUCGCAGCUGCUGCUAUAGUGAUCGAGCAGUAG